CGAUGUCAAACGUCAAAGCCCAGCCAUAUACAAAAUAAAGUGACGCCGGUGUUUCGUUUGGUUGGAAAAUCGCUCCUUUUAGUGAAAAUUGGUGAAUUCGCACGCGGAAAACGUGAAAUUUAUCGAGUUCCAACAUGAGCGCAGGUGGAAUGCUGUACGGUGGCGAUGAAAUCGGUGCCCUGGUAUUCGAUCCCGGGCAUCAUUCGCUGCGCGUCGGCUACGCCCAGGAAGACACCCCGAAGGCGGAGAUUCCGUCUGUGGUAGGAGUCGGACCGUCCAAUGCGGCACUCAAUUCGGAUCUGGAAACGAAACUGGACAAUAAUGUUGCUAGUGCAAACAAACAUUACGUCGACACGACCUUCGUCAGUGUCGCUCGGCCAAAUAUGGAGAUACAGACCUACAUGAAGGACGGGAUGGUGGACAAUUGGGAUCUAUUUGAAAAGGUGCUGGAUUACACAUACGCCAAGGUGAUCCAAUCGGAAUCGAUGUAUCAUCCGGUUUUGUUCUCCGAAGCUGCAUGGAAUGUGAGGAACAACCGGGAGCGGUUGACUGAACUGAUGUUUGAAAAAUAUAGCGUUCCGGCGUUCUUUCUGGUGAAGAAUGCCGUUCUAGCGGCGUUUGCGAACGGCAGAGCUACCGCUCUGGUGGUGGAUAGUGGAGCCACCCAUACUUCGGCUGUUCCAGUUCAUGAAGGGUAUGUCCUCAGUCAGGCCGUGGUAAAAUCACCGUUAGGAGGCGAUUACCUCUCACUGCAGUGCCGCCAAUAUCUCGAGGGACAAAACAUCGAUUUAACGCCAGCGUACGGCAUUGCAGCCAAGGACGUGAUCAAGGAACGGGACAAUGCACGCUUCACACCACGUCAGCUGCCGGACAAGCUGACGUCUUCAUGGCAGCAGUACAUGCUGAAAGGACUUCUCCAGGAUUUCCAAAUGUCGGUGGUGCAGGUUCUUGAAACGCCCUACGAUGAGCGCACAGCCGCCCAGAUUCCAGCCGUUCACUACGAAUUCCCUAACGGAUACCAUCAGGAUUUCGGUCCGGAGCGGUUCAAACUGGCCGAGAGCCUGUUCGAUCACACCAUGUUGGGUGCUGGCCAGCUGGCUUCCACUAGCGUUGGAAUGUGCGAUGCCGACGUGCGUUUGUCCCUGUACGGGUCGGUAGUGGUCACCGGUGGUAAUACCCUUCUGCCGGGUUUCCCUGAACGUUUGAACCGAGACUUGCAGCAUCGAGCUCCUUCCAACACUCGGCUUAAGAUGAUUUCUGCCAACGGCUCCGUGGAGCGAAGGUUCGGCGCAUGGAUCGGUGGUUCGAUCCUGGCCAGUAUUGGAACAUUCCAGCAGAUGUGGAUUUCAUCUCAGGAAUACGAAGAGUCAGGCAAAAGUCAGGUUGAAAGGAAGUGUCCUUGAAGUGGAUGAUAGAUUCUAAGGAUGUCUUAGUUCAUUAAGAUUUUACGAACCAUGGAACUGCAACUGUAGCCAUUAGUCCUGCUUGGGAAUACAUGAUUAAAAUAUUUGACUCUUUGAAAGUGA